AUGUCGAAGCCGUUCUACAGCCGAACUCCUGCAUCGACGACUACCAACGUUGCUAAUAAUAACAGUACAAGCAGUACUAGCAGCAGUAGUAGUAGCGGAAGUAGUGGUGGUGUCAGUGCUGCUGAGAGCAAGCCCCAGGUGCAAGGGUUCGGGCACGGAAGCCGCGAAAGAAUCACCACCGCCCCUGCCACAACAUCAACUACUACUAGUAAUAUUAGUAGUAGUGGUAGUAGUUCUGCCGCUGCUGCUGCACUCAAGCCCUCGUCGAUCGCGAGGCAUGCAUUGAGGGCCUCUCGCGCAUUUAGUUCCCGCGCAGCUUCGAGAAGCAACAUUCACGGCAGCAGCAACGAGGAGAACGAGGCUGAAGAACAGCCGUCCACGAGGAAGCAGCAGCAGCAGCAGGUGCAGCAAGCCAUCGGCGGCGACGGCAGAAUACAAGCCGCAACCAAGUUGCCCGCCCGAAAAUCACAACCUGCACCACCACCUGCCCUUGCCACCGCCCCUCCCCCCGUCCCCGCCCUCCCUUCGUUGCUCUCUCCUUCGCUUCUCCGCUCCCCUCCUCUGUCGUCGUCGGCCUCUUCAUUGUCGUCGUCGUCUGCGUCGCAGGCCUCGACCAGCCCUUCUUCAAGGCCAUCUCCGCUGUCCAACUCUCUACAUUCUUUUGAAAAGGGGCGCCCCGGACUCGUCGCAAGCCCGCAAUCAGCGCAUACACAGCUGAACAAGUCGCCGCGCGAGGUCCAAGAAGAGAAUAUGCUCCUCCUCCCACCACAGCCCGCCUUUCUGGGCAGGCGAUCGAGCAGUAGCGGCUACAAGAGUAACAAUGCCAGCACCACGUCCUUUGUCUCGAGCUCUGCCGGCGACGACGACAUGACUCCGCCGCACAGCGGUAGGGACUCAGAGGGAAGCUGGGAGCACGUUCAGAACAAUGUCAUCGGCGAUGCCGCUGGGCGCGACGGAGCACGGAGCACGAAGCGCGGCUUCAGCUUCGAGGACAAGCCAAGGUCUACAGCAAGGGACAAUGGCGGCUUCAAGAGUCUGGGAAGGAGGCUUUUCAAUCGGUCUGCCGUCAUUCCCGCUCGCUCCGAAUCGCAAUCUUCGGCUGCCUCGGCGCAGAGUUCCCCGCCGCUAACGCCCACGACACCCCCGCGGCUUCCUUCGUUUCAAAAGGGCAUCGAUGGACUGCCGAUCUUGCCGCCCUUGUCUGUCAUGACGACCACGCAGGCGCAUCAAUCCUUUGCAGGCAGCAUGCUCGAGCAGCGCGGCAACUUUGCUGGAUCGGCGGCCUCGAGCGCUUCCACCACCUCGUCGAUCCCCGCACUGAGCCACGACUCGAGCGCGACCUCGUCGUCCCUGUCCUCGUUGGGCCUUCCGCUCCUUCCUCCGGCCACGGCGACGGCCUCCAAGGCCAAGAAGGCACCCAUGACGACCAUGACCGAACGUGUCGAGAGUCCCACACGGACUAGUCCUCCCAUCUCGCCCACGGGUAUGCCCAGGUCGAGAUCGUCGCAGCAGGUCGUCGUCACGUCAGAGCCGACCGAGGACAGCGACUUCCUCAGAGCCGUGCUCAACUUUGGCUUCUCCGACGAGGAGCAGGACGAUGUACCUUCCCUUCCUACGAGAUCCUCUUCCCGCUUCGGCGGUCUCGCUGGAGGAGGAGCAACAUCCACAGCCACAGGUUCCCAAUACUCUCCAUUUGCGCUUGGAUCACUGCCCAGCUGGACGGCCCGACGGCAGGGCGAGGCGCCCAAGCGCCUCACAGAGGCAGAGGCCCGAGCAAUGGCAGAGGAAGAGAGGCAAUCCAAGUCGACUCAACCCUACGGCUACAGCGGCGGCUUUUCCGAACGCAGGCAGUAUCGUGCCGGCCUCUUUGGACGCAAUGUCACUUCCCAGGAUGAUGAUUCCGAGGACGAGUACGGGGACGACGGCGACGAUGCUGAAUCGUCCGAAGACGAAAAGGGGACCGUGACCAAGGCGCCGUUCCCAUCUUCGUUUGCGAAGGCUCCAAAGAGGCAUUCUGGCUCGUCUUCGGCUGGAGCAGACCACCGUACAUCGUCGCCCGUGAAGCAACCUCAGACACCCUCAGGACCGGGACUGGACACGGGGGCGAAAAAGGCAAUCUACACCUGCACCCUUCUCAAGGUACACCCUCAGCUGGCCAGCUGUGUCAAGGUGUCCCCGGAUGGCCAACUAGCGCCUGGUGCAGCAAAAAUUGCAGAGACACAGGACAAUGCGGCCCUGCGAGAUGUCCGUUUUCCACGUUCCAUCAACCGACCCUCCCACCUGGCCAGCCACAGCUCCACGACCUCGUUUACCAGAGACCUCCGUGUGGCCGUUCACCGGUCACACGUCAUGAAGAAGCUCAAGAAGACGGUACUGCCAGUGCACGAAGAGGUCGAGCUCGGCUGGUUCGUCACCAAGUAUGGCUCCCAGCUCAUCUCGCCCGAAGAAAUUGCAGCUCGAUUGGCGCAGAGGCCGGCGGCAAGUCCAGAAGCGCUGGCAAGGCCUCCUAUGGCGGUACCGCUUGCUUCUGCUUCGCCUGCGACACCAUCUUCGCCCCUGGCCCGGCGAGACUCGCUCGAUUCCAUCGUGGGCGAGUCCAUCGUCGAGCACAAUGGCAUGGCCCUCUGGUCCUCCAGGCCUGGCUUCGUCGACCGUACCGUGGUAGUUGCCGACGAGGAGUACCAUCCCGGAGAGAUUGUGCUGCCGUUGGCUGACAUGAGCUUCACUGUGGGCAAGCGCGCAAGUGUCGUCGCAGCCACCACACCAGGACAGGCUUCUGCGGUCAAGAAGACUGCGCGGCCUGGACCGAUUACCUUCUCAAAGAGAACACAGGUCCUGGCGGGCUUGGCCCCCGAGAUUGACCUGGCAGCGCCCAAGGGAACGAAACUGGUGGGACCGCCGAGACAGAGGGAGAGGCCGCCCCGGCAAUCGACGAUGCCCAAUUCGACUUCCACCUAUGGACAACCGCGAGAUCGCUCUGUUGCACCUUGGAUGGCCGGAUCUCGGCCGCCGCAACCGUGGCGCACCUCGACGAUGCCCACCCCGCGGCAAAGUCAGAUGGCCAGUGGCGCGGACUUCGGCGAAACAAAUCUUCCCGUCGUCUCGAGCUCGGCGUCGGUUGCUACGCUGAAGCCGCCAGAGGAGAGCGACCGGGCCGCUGCUCUUCGCAAACUUAGCGGGUCCACCUCCUUGGCAGCGCUUCACCAAAGAGCAUCGACGGACUCGGUCACAACCGCGACCAACACGGCAUCUAAGCGAGACCUGCGAGCUGCAGCAAGCUACAGCGGCCACGGCAUCGCUGAAGAGGACGAGAACGAGCGCUCGAGCGACGAAGAAGAGGAGGUUCCGCUCGCCAUGCUUCGGUCGCACCGAGCCGAACGGUCCGCCGAGCGCGAGCGAAUGGCCCGGCUCGAGGCAGAAGUUAUGCAGCUCCGUGAGAGGGAAAGGGAGAUGGAGGCCGUCAUGCGAAAGGAGGUUGAGCGGAGAAAGGCUGACAAGCUGCUCGAAGAGAGGAAACGAACGUUGGCCGAAGCAAGGACAAGAAGAGCAAAGACGGAGCAUUCAGCGCUGCUAUCUUCGCCCACGUACGGAGCCGGGAGCCCUCUGUCACCGUCUCCGGUGGGUCCUGGCAUGAUGAGGAAAAGCUCGACGACGCACCUGGAGGCACCAAAUAGUCCACCGAGCCUGAACAAGAAGCAGUCGUCGAAGCACGUCUCCUCGCUAGCUCCUCCCAGCCCCAAUGAGUCGAGACCGUCGCAGAUGCCGUCGCCGAGGCAAUCGUUCUAUGCCGGUGGUUUCCCUCAGCAGCCUCAUCAGCUCAUGAACAGCAUGAGCAUGGGCAACCUUCAUCAGCAUCCUUCUUCGCCAGGCAGCGCCCUCGGUGUUGGCGGCAUGGAUCCCCGAGCGAGCAUGAUGCUCCACCCUCACCAUUCGCAAUUCUUCCACCACCAGCACCAGCAGCACCAGCAACAUCAGAUGGGCUCCAUGAUGCAGGCACCACCAUCGCCUCUUGUCCCCCAGACGCUCCUCAACCAGCACCCACACUUUGUGCAGCAGCAACAGCAGCAGCAGAUGAUGAUGAUGCCAUCCCCGUACCUACACCACUCGAUGAGCAUGGCAAACAUACGCCCAGGUCCUCAGCCGCUUGUCCAGCUUGGGCCUGGGCAGAUACCCUCGAGCGCCACUCAGCACCGCCUCGCUUCUCCACGAAGAUGA